AUGGAGGAUACUGCAGGAAGAAGAAAAUGGGCCAAGUUAGAGGUGGACUGCUUAACCAAUGUGUUUGGAAGACUAGGAAUGGAGCCACUGCUUAUGAAUGUGCCUUUUGUCUGCAAAUCAUGGCACAAAGCAACCCAGGAUCCUCUGUGCUGGCAAAACCUCUCAUUCCCAGAGUUUUUACCACUACUCGAACCCAAGAGUCUCGGCCCGGAGCCAUUUUACUACAAGUUUGUUGAUAAAUGUCAAGUCAAGAAGAACACUACUUUCUCCAUCAGUGCUUUUGUAAGGAUGGUAGUGGCUCGUAGCCACGGAAAGGCCAUCGAGAUCAAACUCCCUGGCUUUAUAACUGAAGAAACCUUGAGGUACGUUUCGGAUGCAUGUCCCGGGAUUAGGGUUUUGUGCAUGCCAGAUGAUAUAGUCAUUUUUAAGCAUUCUAGGCUUAUUGCGAAAUUGAUUGGCAAGUGGAAGAUGUUGGAGCAAUUGCAUUUGGGCGGCAACCUCAAGAAGAUUGUCACACUUCGAGCACAAUUGGAUAAGCAAAGGACAAAUGAUUUGUUUGCAAUGGGAGAUUAUUGUUCGUGUGAAACCAUAUUGGACGAGAUCGUGAUGCAGAUUGGCAUUCACUGCAAUCAUUUUGUGGGUCUCAGAAUCGCUCAUGCUUAUGUUGAUGAAGUAGAGGCAUCGAUUAUUGCGGAAUCGUUGCCGAAUCUUAAGUACUUGUGGGUUGAAGAGUCUCACUUUGAAGGGGACAGUCUUGUCACGCUAGUGCGGGGCUGCAAACAACUUGAGGUUUUGGAUGUCACUGACUGUGGAGAACUUGAAGACAGUGAUGGUGAUAUGAAGGAAAUAGCAACCCUUGCUAAGGGUUAUGGUAUUGAAUUUCUAUGGCAAGGUGGACGUGAAGAUGCUGAUUAUUGUGGUCUUGAUUUUCAGAACCGGUCGAGGAAGUUGCUUUUAACCAAGGUUCGUGUGAGACAAUGUCCGCGGAUGAGCACCGGUGGAAUGGCACCAUCGAGGCUCCUAGCUCAUAGAAAAUAA